AGUGACGUCAUUGGUUCAAAGAUUAAAGAUGACAACGAAGAUGUUUCAUUUUCCGGACAAAUUGGCCAAGACUGCACCUGAAAAUGAAAACAAUGCGAUCUGGGCGUCUGCCCCACGGGAUUAGGCCGUCAGGGUCGGGGAUGUCAUGGCAUCUCGCCUCGCUUGGUUCACGGACAGCAAGACGCGGGGGGAAACAUCAUGGCGGCCGUGGAAAGUAAAGCUAGGGCUGGUGCUCAUCGCUGGGACCCUGAUGGUGAUGGUGAUGGUCUUCUGCGGAGUUGGAUCUUAUGACCCAUUAGGACUGUACUCUCUCAUUGUCACAGUUAGCAAGUUUUUCUCGCCACAUACCCAGCUGCUCAUACCAUCGGUGCUAGCGAUUACCGUAUUCAUCAUGGUAUCGAUACUUCACGUGGUGUUCAAACUUCCGGUCUUGAGCUGGUCGAGAUCCCCCACCACCGUCACCCCAGCCCCCGAGUCACACAAACAGCUGACGCCCCGAUGCCCAGACAAUACUGCAGAAGAGGCAACACGUCGAGAGAAUGUUCUGGAACACGGUGAAGACAAGUCCAGGAACCAAGGGAACUGUAUGGCUGAGAAGACGCGAACCAUUGUGAACGAUGUUCCCCUAACAGAAAACAUACAGACAGACUUACAGACACGCCAACACACACAGACAGACUUCACAGGACAUCUACCUAGGACCACGCUUGCAAUACAGAAGACAUCCAAAACUGAUCUGAAAAUUAAGGAAGUUGUUCAAGAAAGUGCAGAACCAGAGGCGACAGUCAACGACAGGUCCACGCUAUCACGUGACAAGGUGGUUCAUGUCGAUACAGGGACCCAGACAGACGAUGUGGUGAAGACACGGGUAGCCACUGUGGGCACGAUGACGUCCAGUCCACUACUGGCAGACGUCUCGGUCAACACCCACCAAAGACUGUGUAAAAUUGUCAAGACUUGUGGGACAACGACUUCCGGUCCGUUCAUGAAAAAACUGAGACGCGCCCAACGUCUGCUCAAAGAGGCAAGGGUCAAGACCAAACAAGAACGACAACUCAAAGUAACGAAAUGGAGGGCGGUGAUGGACAGAUACAAGGAGAAGCUGUCAGGAUUGUUCGAAACUCUAGAGAAGAAAGAUCGUAUGUUGGGUUACAUCGCCCUCAACAGAGCGCUCUCUGAGAAUGAAGUUAAGGAAAUUUGCUCUGCUGUGAGGACAUCAAGGGACAGACUUCUGACCCAGUGUAAGCUCAACUCUGCCCUCAGGGAGGUGAUAGAGAGCAAAAGUGAGCACCAUGUAUCCCCAGUGGCUGUCCCUACCCCUGCUCAGCAGGCCUGCAGAUAGGUCGUCUGCUGAACUUCUGCAUUGUGACAGACUACAGCUAGCCAGUGAUUGUGUGUUUCUGUCAAAGUUUCCGGUGAAAUGUACACAUUUCAAAGUUACUAGCAUUAUACAGUUUACUUGGGCACAAAUGUAGAUGUACAUUUUAUGUGGGCAUUAAUGUGGGUCUUAGUCAAGUCAUGUGACAUACUAAUGGGUGUUUGAUACGUCCAUGUCAGGUGACAUACCUGCGGGAGGUACGUACCUGCCUUUGGACCAGUGUCAAGAGAACACUGCUGUUAUUGCUUUUGUGUGGGGACAUUUAUGUUUCCUCGGGGACAGUUGUGUUUUCCUAGGGGACAUUUGUGUUUUCCUAGGGGACAUUUGUGUUUUCCUAGGGGCCGUUUGUGUGGAUCAAAAAAAAAAUUCUGGGACGUUUCUUUUGUGUGGAAAUAUGUUUCUCCCUGGAACAUUUGCUGUGAGACACAAGGUUUCCCAGGGGACAUUUGUUAGGGGACACAAGGUUUCCCAUGGGACAUUUGUUGGGGGACACAAGUUUUUACAGUGGACCUUUUUUAGGAUCACACGUUUUCCAAUAGGACAUUUGUUAGGGGACACAAGUUUUUACAGUGGACCUUUUUUAGGAUCACACGUUUUUACAGUGGACCUUUUUUAGGAUCACACGUUUUCCCAUCGGACAUUUGUUAGGGGACACAAGUUUUUACAGUGGACAUUUUUUAGGAGUCGCAACGUUUCGUAUUGGACAUUAGUUAGGAGACACAAGGAGUCUUUUAUAGGGGACCUUUCUUAGGAGACACAGGGUUUUAUGAGGGGACAUUUGUUAGGAGACACACGUUUUCCCAUGGGACAUUUGUUAGGAGACAUAAGGUUUUAUGAGGGGACAUUUCUUAGUAGACACAACGUUCUUGGUUGGACAUUAGUUAGGAGACACAAGGAGUUUUUUAGGGGACCUUUCUUAGGAGACACAGGGUUUUAUGAGGGGACAUUUUUUAGGAGACACACGUUUUCCCAUGGGACUUUUUAGGAGACACAACGUUUCCCAUUUGACGUUAGUUAGGAGACACACGUUUUCUAGGGGACAUUUGUUAGGAGACACAAGUUUUCUAGGGGACAUUUGUUAGGAGACACAAGUUUUCUAGGGGACAUUUGUUAGGAGACACAAGUUUUCUAGGGGACAUUUGUUAGGAGACACAAGUUUUCUAGGGGACAUUUGUUAGGAGACACAAGUUUUCCUAGGGGACAUUUGUUAGGAGACACAAGUUUUCUAGGGGACAUUUGUUAAGAGACACAAGUUUUCCUAGGGGACAUUUGUUAGGAGACACAAGUUUUCCUAGGGGACAUUUGUUAGGAGACAACGUUUUUCAGGGGACAUUUGUUAGGAGACACAAGUUUUCCUAGGGGACAUUUGUUAGGAGACAACGUUUUUCAGGGGACAUUUAUUAGGAGAUAAGGUUUUUCAGGGGACAUUUGUUAGGAGACAAGGUUUUUCAGGGGACAUUUAUUAGGAGACAAGGUUUUUCAGGGGAGAUUUGUUAGGAGACAAGGUUUUUUAGGGGACAUUUGUUAGGAGACAACGUUUUUCAGGGGACAUUAGUUAGGAGACAAGGUUUUUCAGGGGACAUUUAUUAGGAGACAAGGUUUUUCAGGGGACAUUUAUUAGAAGAUAACAGGUUUCCCAGAGUACAUGUGUGUGUAAAGUUCGAAAUUUCCAGUUGAUAAUUAUGUGGAGACACAAGGUUUCCCUGGGGACAUUUAUGUGGAUAAACUCGGUUUUCAAGGGGACAUCGAACUUCCGUAGCUGACCUCGUCAUCAUCAGCAGAUGCCAGGAUAAUCCUGUCACGUGCUGCUCUCGACCAAUCAAAACCCGUCAAAUUAACUUUAAAAUUUAAUUUAUGCUUACAAAGCCAUCGUGUUUUCUUAAAAACAUUUUUUUCUAUUUUUAUACAAAUUUUCUUUCCUUACUUACAGAAUAUUCUGUUUUUUUAAAUGUAUACAUAUUUAUACA